AGGAAUAACAGACUCGAAAAUAAAGUAAAAACAUUUUAUGGCAACCGGCUCAUCGGCUCAUUGGCAAUCUCCCUACAUGCUUGCUACUCGUCUCUGCUACCAAAAUCCGGAGACCUAGCCAAACUUAAUGAAUGUGAAUUGUUCGUGUUUCUUCGGGUUUCUUCGUGCAAUUGAAGAGCAACUGAACCGAACCAACAUUACACGAGUGAUGAUAACUCGUGUACACUCGUGUACGGCAAAAGUUGGUUUUCGUGCUUUAAAAAGUCUAUCCUUUCGUCAUUUACAAAGACAUGCGUCUGAAUAAUCACUCAAAAAUAGCUAUUGGAUGGUUAGUAGUAAUAUCCACUGGCUUAUAUGGGUUUGUCUUAUCCAAGCAGCGUGUUGAAGUUCAUCGUUAUGAGAGUAUGAAAGCGCGAGAACGUAUGAGACAAGCUCCACAGGGUGAUUUAUCAACGAGAGUACAAUCUUCAACAUAAUAAAAAAGUAAAGGAAUUAUUUUACAAGAAACGAUGGCGAGUUUACCAGUUUUGGACGAUGAGAAGCUGAAGCUUGUCCAAGAUUUGGAGAUAGAGAUGAUGUCAGAUAUGUACAAUCGAAUGACAUCAGCCUGUCACAGGAAAUGCAUUCCACCAAAGUACAGUGAACCUGAACUUGGUAAGGGUGAAUCUAUUUGCUUAGAUCGCUGUAUUGCCAAGUAUCUGGAUGUUCAUGAAAAAAUUGGGAAGAAACUGACACAACUGUCAAUGCAAGAGGAGAGCUUCCUAAAAGGCAAGAUUGGUGAACAAUCGAAAGUUUAACUGUUAAUUCAUCGUUAGGCAUUUCUUAUAUCAGACUAAAUGGCAUUCUUUUCGUUGAGCUGCUACAUCUUGCAUCUGUACAAGCUGGGAUUUGUAUGUAGUGCUACUUUCUGUACUUAGAAACUAUAAUAAAAACAAUACGAACGAUAA